ACCAUUACGAACAAUUUCAACUUCUUCAGUCGUUACUUCAGAAUUGUAUUUUUUGAUAAUCCAUUUAUUAUUAUCGUCCUUAUGGGUGUAAGUUGUGAUCUACAAUUGAUAAAAGUUAUUAUUUCUUCUUGAAAUACUUAUUAAAACUCUCUAAGCAUUCAUGGCCUUCGUUUACAUGUAGACACAUUUGGUCAGCUCGAAUUAGUGGUUACAGCUUGGUCUGAUGAGAAGUCAUAUUGUAAGCCACAACUUCUAGUCCUCUUAGAUUGAUUGAUUUUAGUCGUAUUCUGCUGUCCCUUGUGCUAGCGAAUGGGUGAAGGAUAAAAAGUACUAAUGAAUGGUGAAAAGCAGUAUGAUAAAAGCACGAUGCUAGCUCAAAAGUCGACUGAAGCUUCCUAGAGAAUGUAAAAUGUUAUCAACAGGAGUGAAUAAUAAUGAAGGUGGAAAGUGUUGUUUGCCUUGUUCAAGUAUCAGACAUGACUUAUCUUCAUGAAAUGUUGAUAACAUUAAAGUAAUAUUUCAGAAUGUGUUAUUACUGAAUAAAUGAAACAAGUAUUUCGCGACUUAAGGGCGCCAUUCGAUAAAAUGUUGAGAUUUUUUCCCAAACAUAUGAAAAUUAUAAACUUCUACACGAGAAAAAAUGAGGUUAUAAUAUUGAAUCGAAAUAAAAUAUAUGGCGGAAUAUUUUGUAAAAGCAAGUUUACUGCCACGAGUGUGACUCAUGAAGAAUCGAAACCAGCUCUGGCCGCCAGACUUGUGGAAAGAGCUCCAAAAGAAAUUCGACCAUAUUUGAGGUUAGUUAGGAUGGACAGACCAAUAGGUACUUGGCUUCUAUUUUGGCCGUGUAGUUGGAGCAUAGCUUCGGCAGCGGCUCCUGGAUGCUUACCAGAUCUUCACAUGCUCGCCUUAUUUGCAACAGGUGCUCUAGUUAUGCGGGGAGCAGGAUGCACGAUUAAUGAUAUGUGGGAUCGUGAUAUCGAUGGUAAAGUUGAGCGUACUAAAAACAGACCCCUAGUGAAUGGUGACAUCUCUAUGAAACAAGCUGUGGCAUUUCUGAGUGGACAACUAAGUGUAGGUUUAUUCAUAUUGCUGCAGUUGAACUGGCCUAGUGUGUUUUUAGGUGCUAGUUCCUUGGGUUUGGUUGUGUCAUAUCCUCUUAUGAAGAGAUUUACCUAUUGGCCCCAGCUAGUGUUAGGGUUUACCUUCAACUGGGGUGCUUUACUGGGUUACAGUGCUGUGAAAGGUUAUGUUGAUAUAGCAACUUGUUUACCUCUUUAUUUGGCUGGAGUUUGUUGGACCAUCAUUUACGAUACGAUCUAUGCCCAUCAGGACAAGAGAGACGAUAUUAUAUUGGGACUGAAAUCAACUGCUAUCAAGUUUGACCAAAAUACCAAACUAUGGUUGAGUGGCUUUGCUGGUACAAUGGUGGGGAGUUUGAUACUCUCAGGGAUUAUGAACUCCCAAACAUGGCCAUAUUAUGCGGCAGUGGCCAUAGUUUCAACACAUGUUGGUAACCAAAUCUUGACUCUAAAAAUUGAUGAUGCUAAUGAUUGCAGUAAGAAAUUUAUUUCUAAUUCCAAGGUGGGUCUGAUUUUGUUUGGGGGAAUUUUAUUAGGUUCCCUACUCAAGACAAAAUGUAGCAAAAAUAGAGGAGAAAAUGAUGUUGCCAGUGCUUCAUGCUAGUCAUGUAAAAUAUAAGCAGUAGGAAGAACAUAUUUAGAUACUGAAUGUGAUACUAGUAGAUACUGAUUGUAAUUGGUUGUUUGAUAAACAACUAUUUGGGUGUGUUUUGUGUGUUUGUCACAAUCCAUAGCAUAUUUAUGAGGAACCAACUAGAGUAAUUUUAUUCUUUGUGUUCAUGAACAUUACUAUUUAUACAUUCAACUCUCUCCUUCAAAAGAUUAUUUAUUGAAAUUGCGACCAGUAGUUGAACUUUCAGAGAAAUCUCAGGGCAUUAGACAAUAAAAAAAAAUCUAUAUCAUUGGUGAUGUUUCGCUAUUAUAUUUAUUGCUUCUUCAGAGCUCAGGAGUAAAUCAUAGUAUGUGGUACCAAGUCUGAGGAAUAUUGUGCAUUGUGACAAUACAUCGGUCAUAUACCUAUUAAAAAGGGCAAUUGAAUAAAUUAUAACGAAUAAAAGGAAACCAAGAAACAAACAGUUGGAGCAACAACAUUUUAUUUAUUAUGAUUUAUUUAUUCAAUUGCCAUUCCAAUUUUCAAUAGGUUUACGAACGAUGCAUUGUCACAAUGCACAAUAUUCGUCAGACUUGGUACUAUGAGCUCUGAAAAAGCGAUGAAUAUAAUCGCAAAACAAUAGCAAAGACGUUGAUUUUGUGUUUUAUUGUCCAAUACCCUGCGAUUCCCCUACAAAUAUUUGUUUUAAAGAACUGAGAGCAAAUAGUUAUGACCAUUGUGAAACAUACUUACAUAUUUCAAUGUUUCUUUGAAAAUGCAUGUUUUGUAAUUAGAGUAAUGCUUUUGAAAAUUAGGAAUUGAAGUGAGUUUGUCAAGGAUAAUUAAAAAAAAGUUAACACUUUCUGUGGUACUACUAAGAAAAAACUUUGAAAAUGAUGUUAUUAAAAAAAAAGUAAGAAAA